AUGGAAGUUGGAAUUAAGCAGGACUUGAAGGGUGAAGUAUUGAAAGAGUUUGAAUGGGAGCAACACACUGUCGAGAGGCAGGAAAGAGGAGCAGUGAAAAAGAAAGAAAGAGAACUCAGGGCAGCUGAUGAAUGUGAAUGUAUAAGACAGUAUGAAGCAGAAGAACGAGAAAGAGCUCGACACCGUCCAGACAUUGUAAUUUGUGAUGAAGGUCAUAUUUUAAAAAAUAACACCUCUGCCAUUUUCAAAGCCAUGAAUCGUAUCAGAACAAGAAGAAGGAUUGUUUUAACAGGUACUCCAUUGCAAAACAACCUAUCAGAGUAUCACAGUAUGGUCACUUUUGUGAAAGAAAGUCUUCUUGGCACAAAAAAAGAGUUUCUCAAUAGAUUUGUUAACCCAAUUAUUAAUGGUCAGUGUGCCGAUUCAACGCCUUCUGAUGUAAAGCUAAUGAAAAGACGAGUUCAUAUUCUUCACAAACUUCUUGAGGGCUGUGUACAGAGAUGUGACUACAGUGUCAUCAGAAAACAUCUGCAGUCAAAAUAUGAAUAUGUUAUAAGUGUUUGUCUCUCUGAUACUCAAAUCAAGCUGUAUCAAUACUUUCUUGACAACAUGGCUCAAGGAAAGCAGACUGGUGGUAACAAGGCUGCUUCUGCCCAGUUGUUUUCGGAUUAUAGUGCCCUUCGUCAUAUAUGGACCCAUCCUUACAUCUUGUAUUUGAAUAAGAUUCGUCAGGCUAACAAAAUGUUGUAUGACUCGGAUGAAUCAUUCAUUGAUGAUGCCUCAACACAUUCUGAAUCUGAUGAAAAUAUUAUUUGUUUAGAAAACCCAGAGCCAGGCACCAGUUCAAAGAUGAACGAUGAUGAUAGCAGUGAAAAAGAGGUCAUAAAAAAAUGGGAAACACGUAGACAAGGUAGGGAAGAAAUACAAGAUGAAGAUGAAGAAAAAGACUGGUGGUCAGAUAUUCUGCCUCUAGAAGAAAAUAAGAAAAUUGAACUGAGUGGGAAACUGGUUCUUUUCUUAGAAGUACUUAACCGAUCUGAAGAAAUAGGAGACAAAGUGUAA